GCACUGCACUCGUCUACUUACAGCCCUCUCUGUCCCAGACCUUCCCUCAGUCUUCUCGAGCAAGCAAGCAAGAGAGAGCAGCGAAAGUCAAGUCGGAGAUGCAAAAAUGCGAGACACCGAAUGGCAACGACCCAAAGCCAUGGCAAUCUUACCACACCGUUUACACCAACGCCAAAGCAGGAAUGGACGGAGUCGACAAGGAGAAAGUGCAAAGAAUAGUGUACGAGAUGAGCAAAGGAUCCAAGUACUUUGAGAAUGAGGAGCGCAAGGAGGCCUAUGUCAAGCAGAAGAUAGAGCACAUGCGUGCUCGGAUUGCCAAGCUCACAGCUUCAGAUAUAUCCCAUUUUCAGACGGUUGCAGAUAAAAGAAUCUUAGAGUUAGAAGCAACACGUGAUCUUUCAAGGAUUUGGCUACAUGUUGAUAUGGAUGCUUUUUAUGCUGCUGUUGAAACAUUAAGUAACUCGUCAUUGAAGGGCAAGCCAGUGGCAGUUGGCAGCAUGUCCAUGAUCUCAACUGCUAAUUAUGAGGCUCGGAAAUUCGGAGUUCGUGCUGCAAUGCCCGGAUUCAUUGCACGCAAAUUAUGUCCACAGUUAAUUUUUGUUCCUACAGAUUUCAAGAAAUAUACUCAUUGCAGCAAUUUAACAAGGAAUGUUUUCCAGAACUAUGAUUCCAACUUCAUGGCUACAAGUUUGGAUGAAGCAUAUCUAGAUAUAACUGAGGUUUGCAAAGAAAGGGGCCUUGGAGGUGGAGAAAUUGCCGAAGAACUAAGAAGCAAGGUUUAUGAGGAAACUGGUCUGACUUGUAGUGCCGGGGUGGCACCAAAUCGCUUGCUUGCAAAGGUUUGCUCAGAUAUUAAUAAGCCAAAUGGACAGUUUGUUUUACCAAAUGACCGAUUGGCAGUUUUGACAUUUAUAUCCUCACUUCCGAUACGAAAGAUUGGAGGCAUUGGUAAGGUCACUGAAAGUAUUUUGCGGGAUGCUGUUGGAAUAAAUACAUGUGAACAGAUGGUGCAAAAGGGAAGAUUACUUUGUGCCUUAUUUUCUCGUCCCUCAGCAGAUUUUUUCCUCUGUGUGGGGCUGGGGCUCGGGAAGACAGGUACCCCUCAAAUCAACUUUCGGAAAAGUAUCAGUACUGAGAGAACAUUCUCAGCGACGGAAGAUGAGGCACUACUUUAUCAAAAAUUAGACUUGUUAGCUGAUAUCUCAGAGAUGCUAUCUGCUGACAUGCAAAAGGAGGGUCUUUGCGGUCGAACUUUGACUCUUAAGUUGAAAACUGCAUCUUUUGAGGUUCGUACCAGAGCCAUGACUUUGCAAAAUAAUAUUUCCUCCGCUGCUGAUAUCUUGAAAUAUGCUUCAAAGCUGCUGAAGGCUGAACUUCCCGUAUCCUUAAGACUGAUAGGCUUGCGGUUGUCUCAAUUCAAUGAAGACAAGCUUGCAGCUCUAUCUGAUCCUACACAGAAAGCUCUUACUGACUUCAUUAUAUUGGGUGAUUCUUCCAGGAAAAAUACAAGUGAUCCAAGUUCCAUGGACUCUGAUAAUAAUGAUCAUCGUUUUUUGAAUGACACAGAAGCUAGUCUUUCUAUUAACAGCCAUGAAAGAUAUCCUUAUGCAUAUAGUGAUCCAAUAGACUGCUGCAAUCAUCAAGUAGAUGUUCAUAACGACUGCACUAAUAGUGACUAUGAAGGGGCAAUGGAUAAAGCUCAUGAGCCUUUGGGUAACACAACUCUUGAGAAGGUAAAUACCAUGGGUGUGGUAGGGCAUGGUUUAGAAUUUUAUCAGAAAAAAGAUUCACAGUUGUUCAAAGGAGAAGAUCUUUUGCCGGGGCAUGUUGGGAGCAGCAAUGGAGACCGAGUGAACAAGAAGGUUGCUUUAAACAAUGAGGACACUGCUUCAUCUAAUCAAGAAGAGGAAUUAAAUUGGAUUGAUGACUACAUGUGUUCGUUAUGUGGCUCUGAACUUCCACCAAGUUUUGUUGAGGAAAGACAAGAGCAUUUUGAUUUUCAUCUUGCUGAGCGGCUUCAGAAGGAGGAAUGUACCCCUGACAUUAGAACUACCAUCUUGAGGCAAAGGUCUGUACAGAACAGCCAUGUUACCAGCCAAAGCAAACGUAAGAAACACAAAUCGUUGACGAAACAGGGUGGCCAUAUCCCAAUUGAUAUGUUCUUUGUCAAGAGUAAUCAGAAUUUUUAGUAUUUGAUUAGUCAUGUAAUUUUCAUGACGAAGUGUUAUUAUUUUAAGGGGUUUAUGUUUUUCAUUUCCAGCCCCCUGUUCCAACUUAAUGAUGUAUCUGCCCUGUAAUAUAAAGCUGUAACAAUAAAAUCGAGCUUUGCGUUUCUUAA